GCUCACACACACAUGCUUUUCUUCCUCGCCAUGGCAAGCAUCAUCACGGCUGCCCGCCCUCGCACAAGAUAGAGCACACGCAUGGCCUCCGCGGCGCCAUGCAUGUCAUCCUCUUAUGAACAUGUCCUAAGCUUGCCGCCGCACGCAUGCAACCGCACCUCGCAAGGCAAGACAAUCGAAGCUCUAGCUCCGGUGUCAAAGCACUCAAUUAGCAAGCAAGCUAGAUUCCUUGUGAUGGAGGCAUCGUCGUCGUCCUUGCCUUGACACCUAGUCCACCAACCAAAACCAGCUAGCCACCAUGCGCGCCACCACCUCCGCCGCGGCUCCUUGCUUGCCGUGGUUGCGUAGCCACGGCAGGGCCUCGUCGGCGGCCGCCUACACCGCCGUGGCCGCCUGCCUACUCGCGCUUGUGACCUUCUUGGUGGUGGCUGCCUUCUGGGACCCCAGGACACAAGCUUCCACCUGGUUCCUGUCGUCGUCGUCGUCGUCGUCUGCCUCGUCCUUGACGACUGCCGGUGGAGUUGGCGGUGAGCACCUCCUGGCCACCGCCAGUUCGUACUACUCCGACGGCGGCGGCGGCGGCGGCAGGAACAGCACUGGCAAGGAGGUGCACGAGGAGGUCCGCGGUCAGGGUGGUGAUGACGAUGGCUUCCUCUCCUUGGUCAACUCCAGCUCCGGCGGCUAUGGAGCGCCGCCGCCUCAUCAGAUCUCCGUCACGCGGCAACCACCCGCAUCGGCACCGGCGCCCGCCGCACUGGCUCCGGCGGCGUCUCCAGUGACGGGGAACUCAGAUGAGGUGAUCCGAGCCACGCCGCAAGUUCAGAGGAGCAGCGACAUCAAAUUGGAGCGAUUAGAAUUAGGUCUCGCGAAAGCUCGGUCGGCGAUAAUGGAAGCCAUCCGAAACAAGGACAAGAGAUCUCCCUUGCCUGACAAGGAUUACGUGCCAAUGGGGCCAAUCUACAGAAAUGCCCAUGCAUUUCACAGGAGCUACCUGGAAAUGGAGAAGCAGCUGAAGGUGUACGUGUACGAGGAAGGCGAGCCGCCGGUGUUCCACGACGGUCCCUGCCGGAGCAUCUACUCGACGGAGGGCAGGUUCAUCCACGCCAUGGAGACGGCGACCCGGCUGCGGACCAGUGACCCGAGCCAAGCCCACGUCUUCUUCCUCCCCUUCAGCGUCGUCAAGAUGGUGAAGACCAUCUACGAGCCGGGAUCCCACGACAUGGCCCCGCUGAAGCGCACCGUCGCCGACUACCUCCGCGUGAUCUCCGACAAGUACCCCUUCUGGAACCGCAGCGCCGGCGCCGACCACUUCAUGCUCUCCUGCCAUGACUGGGGCCCGUACGUGUCGUCGGCGAACGCGGAGCUGUUCGGCAACUCCAUCCGGGUGCUGUGCAACGCCAACACGUCGGAAGGGUUCGACCUGGCCAAGGACGUGUCGCUGCCGGAGAUCAACCUGCGGAGCGACGCCGUGGAGAGGCAGGUAGGUGGCCCGUCGGCGUCGCGGCGCCCGUUCCUGGCCUUCUUCGCCGGCGGCAACCACGGUCCCGUCCGCCCCGCGCUGCUCGCGCACUGGGGACCCGGGAGCGGGCGAGAAGACGACCCGGACGUGCGGGUGAGCGAGUACCUGCCCACCCGCGGCGGCCGCGCCGGCGCGUCGGCGGCGGCGUACACGGACAUGAUGCGGCGGAGCAGGUUCUGCCUGUGCCCCGGCGGGUACGAGGUGGCGUCGCCGCGGCUGGCGGAGGCGGUGUACCUGGAGUGCGUCCCCGUCGUGGUGGACGACGGCGAGUACGCGCUGCCGUUCGCGGACGUGCUCAACUGGGACGCCUUCGCGGUGAGGGUGCGCGUCGCCGACGUCCCGAGGAUCAAGGAGAUCCUGUCGGCGGUGUCGCCGCGGCAGUACAUCCGGAUGCAGAGGCGGGUGAGGAUGGUGCGCCGGCACUUCAUGGUGCACGGCGGACCGCCGCGCCGGUACGACGCGUUCCACAUGAUCCUCCACUCCGUCUGGCUCCGGAGGCUCAACGUCCGGAUCGAUGCUCAUGCACAAGGCUGAAGAAUGUAUAGCCGUAUAGUACGUACGUCCGUACCGUACGUGUACGUACAGGUGACACGUCACACGUCUGAUGUGAAGUCUAACUGGAGGGAGGGACAUUUUGACAGGGUUAAUAUGGGAUGAAUCUUGGAACUACUGGGUCUUGUAAACAUUUGUCAAAAUUAAAUUAGAAUCCAAUAGUCUGCUUGUUUGUUUGUUUCAGACUUGCAGUGCAUGCAUGUAGCUGAGUUAUUCUGGAUCGGUUACCAUUGUUGGCAAUGUGACAGCAAAGUGC